AUACUGGGCGGUACGAGAUUCAAAUUCCGUAGUGGAGGUGAAGGGGCAGAGAGAGAGAGAGACGGGUAUAAAUAUAUGCCCUCAUUUUCGUUUUGUUGUGUUUCUUCGCUUUUAAAACAGAGCAAGAGAGGUAGCAACUACUCAUAACAUUUCAAUACCUCUCUCAAAAUCUCCUCUCCCUUAAGCAAACCCAGCUAUAAAAACAGAAACGUCUGGAUCAGGACAUUGCCCCAAAGCAAAGGACACCCUCGUCAUUUCUUUAAGAUCCGCCCACCCUCUGCCUGCAACUACACAGAGAAAAGCAGAACCAAGCUAACUCAUUACUCUGCUUUACAAGACACUUGUGUUGGAAGACAAAGAGAAGCCAGACUCCUUUGUUUCUUUGUCUCUUUCUCUAUUUAUCCCUUUUAUUUAUAUUUACAGUGCAAAUCAACUCGCAUUUCCUUGCUUGCUUGCUAUUAGCUAAAAACUGGUAACAGUAGAAACCACUUAUUAAAGCGAUAAUGGAGAGGAGCACUCCGGUCAGAAAACCACACGCUUCUACUGCAGAUCUGCUCACUUGGCCUGAGAAUCCGCCGGCUGAUUCUCCCUCCGUCGGCUCCGCUCCUCGCUCUCACCAGCCUUCCGAUGGGAUCAGUAAGGUAGUGUUUGGAGGUCAAGUUACGGAUGAGGAGUUUGAAAGCUUAAACAAAAGGAAACCUUGUUCAGGGUAUAAAAUGAAGGAGAUGACUGGUAGUGGCAUUUUUGCAGCCAAUGGAGAAAAUGAUACAUCAGAGACCGGUGGGGCCACUCCCACACCAAAUAAUAAAACGGGAAUACGUAUGUACCAGCAAGCACUUGCUGGAAUCAGUCAUAUUUCAUUUGGAGAAGAAGAGAGCGUGUCACCCAAAAAACCUACUACUUUGCCUGAGAUGGCAAAGCAACGGGAACUAAGUGGGAACUUAGAAAGUGAAGCAGAGAGGCAGGCCAGGUUGCAGAAGCAGCUUUCUGAUGCCAAGUGCAAGGAGCUCAGUGGACAUGACAUCUUUGCACCUCCUCCGGAAAUUUUACCACGACCAACAACAGUGCGUGCUUUGGCAUUGAAAGAAAGCAUUCAAUUGGGAGAACCUGCUCCUCGAGAUGUACGCACUUCUGUCAAAGUUUCUAAUCCUGCUGGAGGUCGGAUGUCUAGUGAGGACCCUGUGAUGAAGACAGCAAAGAAAAUUUAUAAUCAGAAAUUCAACGACCUCUCAGGAAAUGGCAUAUUCAAGGGUGAUGUUACUCCAUCAUCUGCUGAGAAGCCCUUAAGUUUGGCAAAGUUGCAAGAGAUUAGUGGCAGCAACAUAUUCGCUGAUGGGAAGGUAGAGCAUCGAGACUACUUAGGUGGUGUACGCAAGCCUCCAGGCGGCGAGAGCAGCAUUGCCUUGGUUUAAUUUGUUAGGUCUAACUCAGUUAUCUCUCAUUCCUGUGUUUGGUUUUGUUUUAUUGCUAGAGUGGGGAUGUGGUAUUAUAUUAUUUGACCUUUCAUUGCGGGUUUUGGGAUUAUGUUUAGGCCUUAACAUGUCGUCUUGUACUGUGGACUGUUCUAAUUGGAUUUUAUGUCGAUAUUCUUGUGUCUUACAGUGGUUGUUUUAUCAAACUUUAUUGGGCAGUAAGUUGUCAUUGUAUUGUUUGAAUGCAUAUUUCUGGCCAUCAUGCUUGCGUAUUGUUUCAGCACUGUAUUUGCUCAAUUUGUAUUAUUAUCAUUUAUAAGAGAUGCACAGUUUGGUUUAUUGGUAA